AUGGUUGAGGUGUCAGAGUACCUGAUAGCCCCGCUAGGCUGGGCAAAGGAAAGAGCCCCGGGCCUACCUUUACUCGAGUUCUCCUACUUCUCCUCAAAAGCCUGUGCCCGUGAAGGUAUCCCAAUAGUUGUGCUAAUCCAGACGUCACUACAGCUGAUCAGUAAGAUCAUUGGUAGAAAGAUUGAUUCGAAAGGUUUGAAGAUACUCGACCAAAGGGAGAGGAGGGCUUCUGUCGGUCUCAGUCCUUCAGUGUCGGUAUCGGUCCUGGAAAGUGGAACUAACCUUAAGAAGGAGAUGGCUCCUGCCUUAGCUAUCACUUCUACAGGAACAAUCCCAAUGCUCCCUUCCUGGUUAUCGUUCUCUGACCAUGGGCAAGAUUCAGUCCGUCCCCAUCCCAUGGACAUCGUCCAAGCAGACAGGUUCAAAGUGAGGAAAAGCCUGACUGAAGAAUCAAAUCGUCUGCCAAGGCACGUCUUCAUCAAGCUCUCGAACAAUACUAAAAGACGGAAGAAAGACGGAAAAGCUACUCUCUAA